GGUGGGGGGUGACAUGGAGGGCGGUGUUUAUAUGUAAUUGAGCAAGAUAGCUGACUAGAUGCAGUUAUUUAUUUAUCCCGUUCCACAUUGUCUGCGCGAGCAGUUUGUUUUGAUUUCAUAUUUAAUUAUUUAUAAUUAUCCGGGUUUUCCGGGAGUUUUUUUUUGAGGCUCCGGUUUCAUUUCCUCUCCAGCCAGCUUACCUCCUCCUGUCCUGUGCGCUCGCAGAAACUUCCCGUCUGAGCAAAAGACGGCUCGGAAAAACGAGCGAACGAGCGGAGCGGAGCAAGUAGGGCGGAAAGAACAGGGGAUCGGAGCGAAGGAGCGACUGGAGAAUAAGCCUAAAGGGUUGAAAGGGGACCGCGACGGGACGGCAGUUUAUUCGUUUCCGGUGCUGGGCAGAUGAUUGCAUGACAGACCCAGAUAUCUUUCCCAGUUGUGGGGUCUUGCAUCCUGCGUGCGUAUUUCGGGGGGUUUUAAUGGGACAUCUGCUUAGCUACAACCCCCAUCCCUACCAGCGAGCUAUUGAUUGAGUUUAAUACAGGAAUUUUGUCCUGGGAAAUCAGCCCACAUCAUCGGGAAGGAGGGCUAUCCCCCCCACUCCCUCCCCCCCCCAGCCCCGGGGUCUUCCCGGUCGGCUGUAGCUGAGCUAAAAGCAUGGCAGGAAAUCUGAAGAAAGGGGGGCUGAUCGGCAUGAUGAAGGACGCGUUUCAGCCCCAUCAUCACCACCUCCACUCCCAUCACCAGCCGGGCUCCGUGGACAAAAAGACGGUAGAAAAAUGCUGGAAGCUUAUGGACAAGGUGGUCCGGCUGUGCCAGAACCCGAAGUUGGCGCUGAAGAACAGCCCGCCGUACAUCCUGGACCUGUUGCCGGACACGUACCAGCACCUGCGCACCAUCCUGUCACGCUACGAGGGCAAGAUGGAGACGCUGGGCGACAACGAGUACUUUCGCGUCUUCAUGGAGAACCUGACCAAGAAAACCAAACAGACCAUCAGCCUCUUCAAGGAGGGCAAGGAGCGCAUGUAUGAGGAGAACUCGCAGCCCAGGCGGAACCUGACCAAGCUCUCGCUGAUCUUCAGCCACAUGCUGGCCGAGCUGAAGGCCAUCUUCCCCAACGGCCUGUUCCAAGGAGACAACUUCCGGAUCACCAAGGCGGACGCCGCCGAGUUCUGGAGGAGGUCCUUCGGGGACAAGACCAUCGUGCCGUGGAAGGUGUUCCGGGGGGCGCUGCAUGAGUUCCACCCCAUCAGUUCGGGCCUGGAGGCCAUGGCCCUCAAGUCCACCAUCGACCUCACCUGCAACGACUACAUCUCUGUCUUCGAGUUCGACAUCUUCACCCGGCUCUUCCAGCCUUGGUCCUCGCUGCUGCGGAACUGGAACAGCCUGGCGGUGACCCAUCCGGGCUACAUGGCAUUCCUCACGUACGACGAGGUCAAGGCACGACUGCAGAAGUUCAUCCACAAGCCUGGCAGCUACAUCUUCAGGCUGAGCUGCACGCGGCUCGGUCAGUGGGCCAUCGGCUAUGUGACGGCGGACGGCAACAUCCUGCAGACCAUCCCCCACAACAAGCCCCUCUUCCAGGCCCUCAUCGAUGGAUUCCGGAAGGAUUGUGAUUACCUGUUCCCUGACGGUCGCGCUCAGAACCCAGACUUGACCGGAUUGUGUGAGCCGUCGCCGCAGGACCACAUCAAAGUCACGCAGGAACAGUACGAGCUCUACUGCGAGAUGGGCUCCACCUUCCAGCUUUGCAAGAUCUGUGCGGAGAACGACAAGGACGUGAAGAUCGAGCCAUGCGGGCACCUCAUGUGUACAUCGUGCCUCACCUCCUGGCAGGAAUCGGAGGGUCAGGGCUGCCCCUUCUGCCGCUGUGAGAUCAAGGGCACGGAGCCCAUCGUGGUCGACCCCUUCAAUCCCAAGGAUAACGGUGGCGGCUCCAUAGGCAGCUGCUCUGGCUCCUACGGCAUGGAGGGCAUCCCCUCCCCCGGCUACGACGACGAUGAUGACGACCGGUUGGAGGACCCCCACCUCGUAAUGAGCAACAUGGCAUUUACCGGGGUGGAGCGACCCUCCUCCCCCAUUUCCAUGGCACCCCAAGCCUCCCUGCCCCCCGUACCACCCCGUCUUGACCUGCUGGGGCAGAGACCAUCCAACCAAGCGGGGGCCUCCAGCCCAGGCGCUACUUCUAAGGCCCACAAGGACAAGCCCCUCCCCCUCCCCCCAGGCUUAAGGGACCUCCCCCCACCUCCCCCUCCUGACCGCGCCCCCCUGUCGGCUGGCACUGAAGGGCGCCUCCAGCGGCGACCCCUGCCCAGUACCCCGGGGGAAUCCCCCCGUGACAAGCUGCCCCCUAGCUGCGGCAUGCCGGACUGGAACACGCGGCCGCCGCCCAAGGCCCCAACGCAGGUGCCCGGCUCCCGCGAGCUAUCGAACCGGCAUUCCCUCCCGCUGGCCCUGCCAUCUGCGCUGGAUGGGCGGCCCGACGGGCGUGCUGACCCGUUGAAGCACAGCUGUUCCCUAACCCUGGACCACCAAUUGAAUAGUGGAGGUGUGGCUUCAGGCAACCAUGAGUACGACAGCCCCAAAGUAAAUCCCUGCACGUCUAUAAAUGCCCUUUACGCCGUUGCCAGCAGGCCACACCCACUCCUAAAGCCACUGACUGCAGAGGAGGGUGGUGGGAAUGAAGAGGAUACAGAAUACAUGAGCCCAUCUUCCCGCCCUGUGCACCUGCCUGUGGGGGACGUGGUGCCCAGACCUGCCCGGUCGAUGCUGGCUGAUCUGGAUCCCGAGGGACCGCAGACGUACGAGGCCAUGUACAACAUUCAGGGCCAUUACCUCACAGCCCAGCCACACCAGGCCAGGGACUCCGACUACUCAGACUUGCCACCAGUGGCCAGCACCAAUGGCCCUCGGUUACCCCCGCCGAGUGAUGAUAUCGCCGGUGAGAAUGGCUACGACCUCCCCAGGCCACCGCUGCCUCAGGGGGCUGCACGCCGCACUCUGUCUGACAUCGGUGGUGGCACCUCGUCCUCCUUUGCCCGCUUCUCUCUGGACAGCGAGCCUGGUGGAUCUGGCUUUUGCGAGUCUGGCCAGGCACCAGAACGACCCCCCAAGCCCCUGCCCCGCAGGAUCAACUCCGAUAGGCGGCAGAGCCCUGUGCCCCCUGGGGGUGGAGCUGGGGGAGGGGCCAUUGGGGUAGGGGCCAGCCCACAGAUCACCAGUGAGAUCGAGCACCUCAUGAGCCAGGGCUACUCCUACCAGGACAUCCAGAAGGCGCUGAUGAUCGCGCAAAACAACGUGGAGAUGGCCAAGAACAUCCUGCGCGAGUUCGUCUCUAUUCCAUCCGCCGCGCACAUCCUCACAUAGCGCUCCCCGCGGCUGGCCAGCUGCCACAGCAACCACCAACCCCUCCCCCCCCCGACAACAACAGCUUCGGUUAGGCCACGACUGGGAGGCUUGCUGGUCGCCGCUUUCGGCACGAGCGACAGUCGAGGAGGCGUGUUUUUGCGCGAGCGCGCAGACGCCCGCACGGUCACGUGACACGGAUGAGUAAAAUGGUCUCGAGAUCUGGUGGACAGCUUUCACCUGGGGGUGUAGCUGGGUCCUCUUCGGGAGACUGUGGGAGGUUUGCGUUGCGCCCUCCCCAGGCGAUACAGUGGUACUGUGAUGGAUCGGAGGCUUGUACACAAUGCCCAGGAGCCCAAGAGUGAGCCCAGCAUGGUCGCACUGUAUGGAAUGCCAUUUUGCUUCUGCAGUAUUUAAAAAAAAUAAUAAUAAUUUGAAUGUCGUGAAACGUGUCGUUCAGGAGCUUUCGGGAGCAUCGGUCUGCUUUUGGUCUGUUUUUUGUCCCCUGGAAGCUACGCUUAGCAGACUUGACUGCCGCUCUGUCAGCUCCGUGUUCAAACAGGGUGUUUAAUAACACAGUAAGCCCCCCCAGCCCCUCCCGUGUUGGCAUAAUCUCCUGGGUGUGAGCUUACUGCUCUAAGUGGCUUUGGUCACAGCCCACUCAGGAAAGGUAGAAGGUACUGGUGCAGGGGUGUCUACAAAUCUUUUUAUUUUCUCAUCCCUCCCCAAGGUUUUUUGUCCCCCACGCUUAAACAGAACAAAAUAGUGGAAGGAAAAACUUGACGGUCAUAGAUGUUGACGUGUCACUCAUUCUGUGAGGGGUCCAGAAACGCCAUCUUACAUCUGUUCUGAGGAUAAAUUUUACACAAGAAAACUUGUGACUUAGUUUAGCUUCUAAAAUUUAACAUCAUUUAAUUUUCUAACCCUGACUCCUAAUGGGCAUUUUUUUCUUUGGGGGGGCUGAACAAAAACAAGAGUACUGAAAUGUGGUAGAAAGGACACAAGAAGGAGGAUUACCUUUUUAUUAUUGUAGUAGCUGUUGAACGACCUGGUGUGUCCGGGUUUCGAGCCCCGCCAGGAUCUAACUCGCAGAACUGUUGUCGUUUUGAAUCUAAAGUGCUUUACUGCUGCUGCCGUCGUUUGUUAAUGCUAAACACGUAAGACUUACCCCGUGUGGCGUGGUCCUGGUUGUGUUGUUUUUAAAGUGACAGUAUCCCCGCCCCAUCACAUGGCUUGAAAAUACUUGAACGUGUUGGAAGCCUCGGAGACUUCGCCACAAAAUAGCUGAGCCGAGUCGCCCUUCUCUCUCGCCUUGGGCGAUCAAAUGUGAGAAAUUGGAUGUUCGUGCGACUCGGGGAAAUGCAGAAAAAGCCAAGAGUUGACACUACCUCAUUUAAAAGUGAGUCCUUACGUUCAAUAUUAGUCCGAUCGCCCGGCUGGCCGGAAAGCAGGGUCGAUUUAUACAUAAACUGUUCGGGUCAGUUAUCAGAAACUGCAACGAGUAGCCACGUCGUUGAUAUAUACUGAAAUUCCCCUAGUUGAGGGGGAGAUGUGUGUGUUUUGGCCUCCGGAAUAAAUACUGCCCGGCCAAAAUACCCACCCCUUGCCGCUUUAGUUUACCCCAUACAUAUUAACGAAAUGUCAUCAUCAAUAAUAGGAAUCUAAAAGCACUGAGCGCAUGCGCAUUCAUUGCGGGGACUUGUUUCCAUGGUGACGGACGCCACCUGGCAGCCCAGUGUUCCAGUAUGGUUAUGUUCCCGGUGCAAGUUCUUGGCUUUGGUGUCAGUUUUUGUCCCUCUGUCGUUGCCUUGGGGUUAGUUCUAGGGCAGGUUCCCGUUUUGCGUUGUCGGUUUGCUGAGCGGAACUGAAAGUUUCCGUGUAACUUCUGAUUACUGUAUUCAUGUAUGUCGAUGUACGAUUUGCAUAGAGUUUACGUGCUUGUGCGCUUUUUCCUGACCGCAUUUUUUUGCGCUUCAGAUACUGUCACUUUAAACGCAGGUGUAUGAACUUACUGAACAUUUAGCUCAUUGUCGUCAUUUACUUAUCUGACCAAUAAUGUGAGCAGUGCCAUGAUUUUAAAUAAUAAUAAAUUCCAGAAUUUUCUCUUGAAACAUUUUGUUCCUAUACUGCCACUUAAGCCUCCAGAUACAACACAAUGCACAUAAUGUAAUAUCAGCAAUUCUGUGCGUUGCGCUCGCCGAUCUGUAACACGCCUUGUGGAGUCAAGGGUAAUGUGGCAUGUUGUGAUGCUUAAUUACAUUACGAGGACACUUUUCCAUUGUUGCCAUAAAGUCCUUGUGCUAACUAUUUCGUUUUUUUUGUAAUUUUUUGUAAUUUUAUAAUGAACAAUAACACGUGCUUUAUACUAUAACAUGACGAAUUCAUAAGAAUUAUGUAAAAAAUGAGCUGAUGUCAUUCUGAAUGCUUGAAGAUGGAGCAGUUCUCCGCUUCAUUGAUUUGAUUGCUUUUUAUUGGUUUUUUGCGUCCGAGUCUCCGAUUCUCUAAUGUAGGCCUAGUCCUCUGGUACAUAUGGGCAUGGUUUCAUGUACACUGAUGUAACGAUGUCAGUUAUAAUAUUUAAACCUACCUGGUAUAGAGGUUUAGUGAGCACUGUAAUGACCUCAAAUUAUUUAUCCUCUGAUAUGAAGUGGAAAUUUUGUAAUAUUUUUGACAGUACAGGGACGUUAAAUAACUAAUAGUAUUGACUGUUUCGUUUUUUUUUACACUUUCUUUUAAAAGCUCUCAGAUGUUUGGGACUGAAGAGGCAGUGACCGGUAUUAUUGUGUGAUGUACUUAAGGUACGUUUCUUUAGGUCAGUGUUACUGAUACAAACGGGUUUGCGGAAAGAUUCCGGGUGGAGAAGCCCGUCGUGCGCCACCCUCCCCGUGUCAGGCGCGCCAUUCCCUGGCGUUUUGUCUUAUUGGUCCGUGGAAGACCAUAUUCACAAGACGGAAUCGCUACACAAAAAGCGCCUUUUUUGAACAUAUAUAACAAGUAACAAUGAACUUCUCAGCACGAGCUUGCUGAAGUUGUACUUUGUAAUACUUGUCGAACCUUGUGGAAAUCACAGACAUUGUAGCCAGUCCUUGUGCAAUUAAAUGUUGUCUCUGCAGAGAGGCGCGCUCUUCCUUGAUUUAAUCCUCUGAAAUGACAUGCGCGUGUCCGUGAUUGGUGAGCGCUGCGCGGUCAUUCAGGCGUGGACGAGGCGCGCUCACCGGAUCCUUGCAGUCCCACGGAGCGGACGGCGCUCCCCUCCUCAAGUAGUUGGACCUUCCGAUUUCAGAGUAAGCCUGAGCCCCUGAAAAUAUGUUCAUUGUAGCGAAGCGAAGCUCAGUGUGGGCAGUGAUUUACUGAACAGGCAUUUCUGGAAAUGCUGUAUAACCAGGCAGACUGCAGGGCUAAGUAACUCAACAGAGCGUGUUUUUAACAUAGUAAAAACGUAUCAUUAUUCCUGUAACUGUUAUUGUGCUUUAAAAUAAGUUAAUAUCGAUUCAUAUAAUAUAUCAGUGUUAAUGAUCUUUGGUUAUGUUUAUAAAGAAUAAAAUGUGUUAAUGUGUGGAAAAGUAGACUUUUUUAUUUUUAAUUCUUCUGCAGCUUGUACAAACCUGAAAAAGUUAUCAUAAAUGCGAGAAAUUUCUCUCUAUAGGUCUUUUCAUAAAGAAUAUUACAAUUUAUUUUUAUUACAUUUUUUCCAUUGCAUUCAUGCGUAGAAAUAAUUACUAAUGUUAUUUAUUAAUUUUAUGAUGCUGUACCCCAAUCGAAGAUGCAUAAUGUUUUGUGUCCCUGGAAUUUUUUGCACCAGUCAUUAAAGCAUUUUUGAGUA